CUUUGCCGACCCAGAUAACAUUUGGCGCGAGCGCAUAAUGUCGUUCCUGGUCAGUGGCACCGCUGGGAGGAUGCUGAUGGUGCGGUACUGGAGCGGCAUGGAGCGCUUCGGCGGCGUUGAGGCUUACAAUCCAGAGGAGCUAUUCACUGCGCGCGGCAUCACCAGCCGCAUUGAGGUGUUGGAGGUGGACAUCGCCGGCAGGAGGCUGGUCCCCGUCAGGAGCCUUGGCCGGUAUGCGGUGUUUAUUGGCCUAACGCACUGCUUGCACAUCUCUACCGAGACAUUCCCCUCCAUUUCUGCGGACACGAUAUACCUGGGUUGCCAUCAUCAGCAAUUCCGUGGGUUUGGCAUCUAUCAUAUCAACAACACGAAGAACCACCCGAGGACCGAGCAUAAUGACAAGUUCGUCUUUGAUAUAUCCCGGUAUUUAUAUCAACCCGCUGCCAGCCCCUACAACCUUGAUGAAUAUCUUGUAUUCUAUGUGGACCGUAGACACCGCUAUAGCAAGGCGUGUAUCAAUCAUACCAGCUGUCUCUUUAGCUAGAGCCCUCUCUAGUGCAUAUAAUG